AUGUCCCGCUAUUCAGACUGUAAAGUCUAUGUCGGGGAUUUAGGAAAUAGUGCUUCUAAACAAGAAAUAGAAGAUGCUUUCAAGUACUAUGGACCUCUCAGAAACGUUUGGGUAGCCCGUAAUCCUCCUGGUUUUGCUUUCGUGGAAUUCGAGGAUUCUAGAGACGCGGAAGAUUCUGUUAGAGGACUAGAUGGUCGUAAAGUCUGUGGUCGAAGAGUAAGAGUAGAGAAAUAUGGAAGAACAAUAUGUGGACGCAGAGCAAGGGUAGAGAUGUCUAAUGGUAAAAGUGUGGGCAGAUACAGAGGACCUCCUCCAAGAUCUCGUGGCAAGCCUUUCCAUCCUGAAGACCGUUGCUAUGAGUGUGGAGACAGGGGGCAUUAUGCCCGUGACUGUACCAGGAAUAGGCGUGGUGGACGGCACAGGACUCGCAGCCGUUCGCGCAGCCGCUCGCGUGAUCGCAGAUCGCGCACCAAGAGCCGUUCGAGGUCGCGCAGCCGAUCGAGGAACCGGUCGAGAUCGCGCAGCCGCAGCAGGUCGCGCAGCCGCGACAAGCGAUCGAAGUCGAGGUCGAGGUCUCGCAGCCGGUCCGCCGUCAAGGAGAACGGAUCGGGCAGCAAGGACUAGGGGGGGGGGGAGUAGUGCAUUUACGCUAUGCAACAAUGAUUUUGUCGCACCCCAGAAUGGUGCCCCUAUAGAAAUAUGAAUAUCUGGUAAAAUUUCAUUUACCUUUCAAUGGGUUUUUUGCGAAAAAUUUUUUUUUGGUACUUACGUAUUUGUGUCUGAAAAACACGAAUCUGA